AUGGACAAUAGAGACUACGACGACGAUUUUGACGAAAAAGCGGAAUUACUUCCGCUUCCAGUGGAAUAUAAGGGGAAAGAGACUGCUGAACAUUCAACGAAAAGGACUUUGUUCAUUAUAUUCCUCAGUGCACUUCUAGUCUCUAUUGGUACAAUAGGUUUUGCUUCAAUAUGGGUUGAAUUGUCUAAUGAGUUACCAAUCAAGAAAAAUGUUAUAUUAAUGAUUUCUGAUGGAUUCGGUCCUGCCUCGGAAACUUUCGCUCGUGGUUAUUACCAAUAUAUAAAUGACUUGAGUUAUAAUUAUACAACACCUUUGGAUCGAAUCCUUGUCGGUUCAUCUCGAACGAGAUCUUCUGACAGUCUUGUCACAGAUUCUGCCGCUGGAGCAACGGCAUUUUCAUGUAUUAAAAAAACUUAUAAUGGUGGUAUAGCAGUUGACCCUGAUAAAGCACCAUGUGGUACUAUUCUCGAGGCUGCAAAGGCCAUUGGAAUGAGAACAGGAUUAGUUGUUACUAGUCGUAUCACUCAUGCAACACCGGCUUCAUUUUCAUCCCAUGUUGUUAGUAGGGAUAUGGAAGAUAUUAUUGCUACUCAACAACUUGGUGAUUAUCCUCUUGGAAGACAAGUUGAUCUGAUGAUGGGUGGUGGUCGAUGUUAUUUCUUGCCAAAUUCUACAACCGAUAGCUGCAGAAGUGACGAACUGGAUUUAAUUGCAGAAGCCAAAAAAUCUGGAUUUACUUAUUUUUCCUCCAGAAAAGAAUUUGAUAAUAUUGAUCCUAAAUCACAAAGUAUCCCACUCCUUGGCCUAUUUACCCUUGAUCAUAUGUCCUAUGAGAUAGAUCGUAUUCCCACUGACGAACCCUCUCUUAAAGAAAUGUCUGAAAAGGCAAUUCGAAUUCUUGAGGCACAAACCGCUAAUAGCAAUAAAGGUUUCUUCCUUAUGAUUGAAGGCAGCCGAAUCGAUAUGGCUGGCCACUCAAAUGAUCCAGGUACACACGUUCAUGAAAUCUUGGCUUAUAAUGAAGCAAUCGAUUUUGUUACCAAAUAUGUAGAUGAUCAUCCGGGAACAAUUCUCAUAUCGGUUAGUGAUCAUGAAACUGGUGGUCUGUCUCUCGCUCUACAAACGAGUUCUGACUAUCCUCAAUAUCUAUGGUACCCUGAUGUAAUAUCCCGUAUAAAAAACUCUUCAUAUGCCUUAGCUGUGGAAUUGACUAAAUAUUGGAGUAGCGACCGAACCAAUUACGUAACAGAGAACAUUUUACGUAAUAGUCUAGGGAUUAGUGAUUUUACAGAUGAAGAAGUAAACUUUUUGGUUGCAAAUCAAACUCAAGUAGAUUAUGAACAUUAUAUGGCUAAUUUGACAAGCUGGAGAGCUCUUUUGGGGUGGACAACACAUGGUCAUACAGGUGUUGACGUCAACCUUUACGCACACGGAAUAAACACGAAAGCAUUACGUGGAAACCACGAAAAUACCUACAUCGGCCAAUUUAUUACAGAUUAUCUUAACUUGGAUCUUGACAGCGUUACUCUAAAACUGAAUAG